AUGGGCAAAAAAGAAACUGACAUUUUCGUCAAUGCGGGCAGUGGGCCAAACCCCAAUGAGCAGAAAUCCAGCGUUACUACAGUCGAGCCACAAGAGGAGGAGGAGCAUGAUAAUGAGAAGAACCCUUUUCUCAAUCCAGAAGCUGCGGAAUACUGGAGAAAAGUGUAUGAGAAUUGCCAGUACGAAUGUCGGCAUGUCUUCGAUCCUCAUAUUACCUGGUCAGAAGAAGAAGAGAAACGACUGGUUCGGAAGCUGGAUUGGAGGGUUUGUUUAUGGGCUUGCGUAAUGUUUUUCGGACUUCAAGUCGAUCGAGGGAACCUUACGCAGGCAGUCUCUGACACUUUUCUGGAUGAUUUGAAAUUGAACACAAACGACUACAACACGGGCAAUACUGUAUUCCGUUUAUCUUUCCUCGUUGCCGAAUUACCAUCGCAAAUUGUGUCUAAGAAGCUCGGUCCCGACCGGUGGAUUCCGAUCCAAAUGGUUCUGUGGUCUAUCGUGGCCAUAUCCCAAUGUGCUUUGAAAGGGCGAACAUCGUUUCUAGCCACACGUGCGCUAUUAGGGAUUCUUGAAGGCGGAUUUAUACCAGAUAUUGUUCUCUGGCUCUCCUAUUUCUAUACAUCCCGGGAGCUCCCAAUCCGAUUAAGCUUAUUCUGGACGAGCCUUUCUGUUACAUCCAUUGUUACUUCGCUCCUAGCCUUUGCAAUCUUGCACUUAGGAGGAACCAAUGGCUGGGCAGGCUGGCGGUGGCUGUUCAUGAUCGAGGGCCUAAUCACCCUAUGCAUAGGACUUGCCACAUUUUUUAUGAUGCCUGCAUCCGCAGUUCAAACAAAGACAUGGUUCCGUCCACAUGGAUGGUUUUCUGAUAGAGAAACCUCCAUCGUCGUGAACCGGGUGCUUCGUGAUGACCCCUCGAAAGGCGACAUGCACAACCGUCAAGCCAUCACACCAGCGAGGCUGUGGGCCGCAGCUACUGACUAUCACCUAUGGCCUCUCUACUUAAUCGGUUUUAUCGCGUACAUACCACAAUCCCCACCGAGUGCUUAUUUUACGCUUACCCUCCGCUCUGUCGGGUUCAGCAAAUUCACAACAAAUUUGCUUACGAUCCCGUCAAGUGUGUUCCACAUAUGCACAUUGAUAAGCCUUACAUACCUGUCCGAGAGGCUCAACGAAAGAUCUCUCGUUGCUAUGCUUCAAGCCGUUUGGACACUGCCAUGCGUGCUGGCUCUAAGGUUCUGGCCAGGGCUGGUCACGAAUGCUUGGGGAACCUAUGCUUUGGUAACCGUUCUCCUGAGUUACCCAUAUUGUCAUGCAAUUCUUGUGGGAUGGACGUCAAAGAAUUCAAAUAAUGUCGGGACGCGCUCUGUGUCAGCAGCGCUAUAUAAUAUGGCCGUCCAAGCAGGCGAUGUUGGCGCCUACUUUAUCUAUCGAGAUGACGAUAAGCCCAAAUAUAGACGAGGAAACACCAAUCUCGUGAUCAUCAAUAUCGUGGUCAUAUUUGUUUUCCUUGGAGCCAAAGCCUACUAUGUAUACCAGAAUCGGAGGAGGGACAGGAUCUGGAACGCCAUGACCAAAGAGGAACGGAACGCAUACAUUAAGAAUACAGAGAUAAAAGGGAGCAAGAGACUGGAUUUCAGAUUUGCUCAUUGACCAAGCAGGGUGGGGGUCAACUCGGAAAGAGUAUUGUCCCUACCCCUCUUCUUCUUUUUUCCCUUUUUUAGUUGUCCCCUUCCUCGCCAAUAUCUUACAAUAACGUCUAAUUUCAUUUAUCUCCC